UCUUUCUUUCUUUCUUUCUUUUUCCCCUGAAUUAGGGUUCUUCUCUCUCUCCUUCCAUUCCAUUGAAUGUUCUCAUCGCCUCCUCUUGGAUCUCUCUACCCGUCUUCUUCUUCUUCUUCCUCGCCUCUUUCUUCAUUUUUACUCUUCCAAGAGAGUUUUUUGGAUUUCCAUCAUCUGGGUUCUUCCAUCUAUUGCUCAAACUAUGGCCAAGCUCUUCGAUUACCUCGGCGAUGAUCUUUUUAAUCAUCGAGAAGGGAAGAAAAUAUAUCAAAAUACCAAGGAAUCCGAUCGACGAUUUCUCUCGAUUAAUCAUGGCGACGACAUCUAUUUCCCUCCCAGCAAGAGAUCUCGCGUUAAUGCCCCGUUUGUAUUCACACGCAAUACAGCAACAUCUAUUGAUGUUCUUCCCGACGAAUGCCUUUUCGAGAUCUUCAAGCGUCUAAAUGGAGGAGGUCAAGAGAGAAGCUCAGUUGCCUGUGUUUCUAAGCGAUGGCUUAACCUUUUGGGUAGCAUCCGCAGAGAAGAUGAUAUCUGUAACAUGGAAAUUUCUUUAGAUUCUGAUGAAUUAAUUGAUGGAUUCCUUUCAAGGAGUUUGGAAGGAAACAAAGCUACAGACACGAGGCUUACUGCCAUUGCUGUUGGUACAUCUAGUCGAGGAGGAUUGGGAAAGCUUUCGAUUCGUGGAAACAAUUCUCUACGUGGAGUGACCAAUCUAGGGUUCAAGGCGGUUGCGAAUAACUGCCCGUCUCUUAGAGUUCUUUCGUUAUGGAAGUUGUCUUCCAUCGAUGAUGAAUCUCUGAUUGAUAUUGCUAAUGGAUGCCCCCAAUUGGAAAAACUCGAUCUUUCCCAAUGCCCUGCUAUUACCGACAAGGGUUUGAUUGCAGUAGCAAAGAGGUGCCCUGGUUUGUCUUCUCUUAUAAUCGAGUCUUGUCCGAAGAUCGGUAGCCCUAGCUUACAAGCUGUCGGCAGUUACUGCCCCAACUUGAAGUCUCUUACAAUUAAGAAUUGCCCUCUUGUUGACGAUAAAGGAAUCGUCAGUUUGAUGUCUUCGGUUGGGUUUUCGUUGUCGAAGUUAAAGCUCGAAGCUUUAAACGUGGGUGAUUAUUCUCUUGCGGUUAUCGGGCAUUACGGGAAAGCUCUUACCGAACUUUCCAUUUUCAGCCUUAAAAACACAACCGGAAAAGGGUUUUGGGUAAUGGGCAAUGUCCAGGGUUUGCAGAAAUUGAGAUCGUUCUUCAUCAGCUCGUGCAAUGGUGUUACUGACGUGGGUCUCGAAGCGAUCGGUAAAGGCUGCCCGAGUUUGAAGCAGUUCAAUGUUAGCAAAUGUUGUAUCUUUUCGGAUGAAGGACUUUUGAUGUUCGCGAAAUCUGCCAUGUUACUUGAGAGUUUGCGGUUAGAGGAAUGCCACAGAAUUACUCAACGUGGGGUUGUGGAUCUCCUUUCGAGAUUCGGAAGGAAUUUGAAGGGUCUUGCUCUCGUCAACUGCAUGGGAUUGAAAGACGAGUUUCCUAUUACGAAGAUGAAUUCUUCGUCAACGUCGCUUAGAUCUUUGAUAGUUGAUAACUGUCCUGGAUUUGGCGAUGAAAUCUUGGCUGCUAUAGGCCAGAUGUGCCCGCAGCUCAACCGAAUUGAUCUGUCCCGGCUUCAGGGGAUUACCGAUUUAGGCAUUACUCAACUUGUGAGUGCUAAUGAAUCUGGCAUCGUAAAGAUGACUUUGAGAAAUUGCUUGAAUUUGACGGAUAAGGUUAUCUGUCUUGUAGCUGACUCCCACGGUUCGACUCUCGAACAACUGAAUCUCGACGGGUGCAAAGGCUUGACUGAUGCCAGCUUGAUAGCAAUUGCCCGGGAUUGCUCGAUGCUGACAGAACUCGACGUGUCUAGGUUGGGAAUCACCGAUUUGGGGGUUGCGGCUUUGGCUAGUGGUUUACAAUUUAAUCUGCAGAUCCUUUCGGUGGCGGGUUGUUCUAAGGUCACCGAUAAGAGCUUUCCUCGUUUGAUUGAGUUGGGUGAAAGUGGGCUUAUGGGGUUGGAUAUUAGACAUUGCAAUGGGAUAAGCAGUGGCACAGUGGAUCAGCUUCUUGACCAAUUGUGCGGUUGUGAUAUCCUCUACUGAAAGUAAAAAAGAUAAUCGGUUUGUCUUACUAGUUUAGGAAAUAGUUUGCAGUUUUUCGAGUCCAAACUCAACGGAUCUUGAAAAACCAUCUUAUUCCCCGGUUCGUUCGUUUUUUCUCUGUGAUCGUUUUUUUUGGCAGUUUCCUAACAGAAGCUGUUUUGGAGGAGUUUGGCCGAGUUGCCAUGUUCUUUCACGAUGAUCACGAGAUGAUAAUAUGAACCGGGGUGGUGAUGGUAUGAGAUUUGUUUGUAUCUCGCUCGAAUGGUCUGGGUUAAAAGUUCGGAUUUUAGUUGCGUUUGUUGUUGUGUUUCACACGGGGUUGCUUUUGGCAGUUUGGAAGUUUACGGUUGGCUGUUUGUUCUUGGGGUUUUGGCUGUGACAACCACUUAGGAAUUUUGGGGUUGUUUUUUUUUUUGAGAAAGUUUUUGCCAAGGUCCAAGUUUUACUGGCUAUUAUGUAAACUUUACAAUCUGUUUGUUGCAACCUUUUGUAUCAUUAUUGUUGUUAUAAAUGAUCUACUUUUGUUUCA